AUGUCGCCACACGCAACCGCCGAUCACUUCAAUAACUGGCCUAAUGACAAAGGGUUCGAUGCGGACUCCGAGCAAAAAGAUCCGGUCGAGCUGCCUGUGACUGGCAAAAUCCCACCUUAUGUGGCCGGCACUCUCUAUCGCACUGGUCCGGGUAAACGGACAGUCGACACAGAGCAGGGUGGGUCGUUCAAAGUAGACCAUUGGUUCGAUGGGUUCUCCCAGACACACCGAUUCCAACUUGUUGCCACGGAGAACGCGGAUUCUCCCAUGCGUGUUUAUUACAAUUCCCGUUUCUCCACGGACAAAUUGAUCGAAGAAGUGCGGAAGACAGGGUCGGGCGAGCGCCUGGUUUUCGGACAGAAGCAAGACCCAUGCAAGGAAGCCUACAAGAAGGUUCAAUCGGAGUAUGUCCCUGCGCCGUCCGAGGUCAACGUUGGCGUGACGCUCUCCGUGAACAUGCCCGGUCUGGGGGCAUUGGACGGCAGCAGCGUCGCAGACGGGCGGUGGAACACCUCGUCCGGCAUCAAGAACCUGUACGCGAAGACAGACUACAACAUAUUCAAGCAGCUUGACCCCGAGACUAUGGAGCCCAUUGGGCUUGCAUCGCAGGGAAACUUUCAUCCCGACUUGAAGGGUCCUUUGUCGGCAUCGCAUGCACGGUCUGACCCCAAAACGGGGGAUGUGUUCAAUUUCAACUUGGGAUUCGAACCACUUCCCACGUACCGCAUCUUCCGCGUCUCUGCCGCUACCGGAACGACGGAUAUCCUGGCGACCUUCUCCGCGGUUCCAGCGUACCUUCAUUCCCUCCUUAUCACCGAAGACUAUGUAAUCCUCUGUGUGUGGAACUCGCAUCUGUCCCCCGCCAAACUCCAGACCGGCAGCUUCGUAGACGCGAUGCAGCCGUUUGAUUCAUCCCAGCCGGCCAAAUGGUACCUCGUCGAUCGCAAGACCGACAAAGGGCUCGUUGCAACCUACGACAGCGCGCCAUUCUUCAGCUUCCAUACCAUCAACGCGUGGCAAGAGCCAUCGCCCAACGACCCCAGCAAGACCGAUAUCGUCGCGGAAAUAGCGACCUUUGAAAACAUGGAGUUCGUCAAGUCCGUAUACUACGAACGGCUCAUUUCGUCGUCCCCCGAGGCCAAAGAAUACAGGAAGCUCCGCUCAGAGCAGGCCAAAUCGAGCCUGACCCGAUUCCGGCUCCCUAACAUCCCCACCACGCCAACGGAGGCGGCCCAACCCGCCACUGUGGAAUGGUCCGAAGGCAAGGAGCUCUCGCCGGAAUUGCCCACACUGAACCCCAAAUAUACCACCCAGAAGCACCGCUACACCUACGGCAUUAUCGACACGAACGAGUCGACCUUUUUCGACGGGAUCAUGAAAUUCGACAGCGAGACCAAAACGUUCCAGACCUGGAAAGACCGCGGACACUCGCCAGGCGAGCCUAUCUUCGUCGCGGAUCCGAACGGUACCAACGAGGAUGACGGCGUACUUCUGAGUGUGGUUUUGAACGGCCCUAGUGGCAAGAGUUAUCUUUUGUGCCUGGACGCUCACAAUUUGAAUGAGCUCGGUCGAGCUGAUGUCGAUGGACCGGUGGCGUUCGGCUUCCACGGCCAGCAUGUUCCCCUUCGCAGUGGAGCGCCCACUGGCGAUUAUUAG